GGUAUAAGGAGCCGUUCUUCUUCCAUGCCCAUACUUGGAGCGAGCGGAUGGGCGAGGUCACUCCCCAGAAACUACCUGCUGAAGCUCAUUUCUCACUUAACCGACAACCCAGAAAGCACACGUUUGAAGAAUAGACUUUUCUCCUCCUCUACACGUAAAGGGAUUACUUUUUACUGUUGGUGGAACGACUAUCCAAAUAUUAUUGAAAACAAAUGGGGGCAUUUUGGUUCGUGGAGUUGGGCGUAUUAAUAUUAUUUCUCCAGGCUUUCAGACCAGGGUCGUCGGAGUCAAAAUGUCUACCAGGUUUCAAUUCAGAAAUAUACAUUUUCAAAGUGGAAAGAUAUCACUUACAAAGUGGCCGGAGACUAGGAAAAGUGGUUUUUGAUGACUGCACCAGCCGUACCAGCUUUCUCUUUCACUCCGAGGAUUCACGCUUCAAAGUAGAUGGCGACGGGACGCUGAAACUGAAGAGGGGGCUGACUCUGCAUAAUGGACAUAAGGAGUUCUAUGUCUCUACCCAGUCCAAGGGCAAGAAGAUCACGGUUCCAGUCAGAGUGCUACAUGAGGCCAGACAUGGCCACCACCACAAUCACCAUGAGAUGACCACCCAGCCCAAGCCAGAAGAAAGUCUGUCUCUACCUGUUCUGAACUUCCCCAAGUCUUCAGGAGGUCUGAAAAGAAGGAAGAGGGACUGGGUCAUUCCUCCCAUCAACUUCCCAGAGAAUGACCGAGGCCCGUUCCCCAAGAAUAUGGUGCAGAUCAAGUCCAGCAAUGAUAAAGAGGUGAAGAUCCAGUACAGCAUCACUGGCACUGGGGCAGACCUACCUCCUGUGGGACUCUUCACUGUGGACAAAAACUCUGGAAUACUCUAUGUGACCCAGCCUUUGGACAGGGAGAGAAAAGACCAAUACAUUCUCCUAGCCCAUGCUGUUGCAGUGGGUGCAGGUAUAGCUGAGGAUCCCAUGGAGAUCAUUGUGAAAGUCAUCGAUAUGAAUGACAACAAACCUGUAUUUACCCAAGAUCCAUUUACGGGAACAGUUCCUGAAGCAUCAAAACCAGGUGAUGAGGUCAUGCAGGUAACGGCCACUGAUGCUGAUGAGGAGGGCUCUGCCAAUUCUGAUGUCAGAUACACCAUUCUCAGUCAGGAGCCUCCACUACCAAGCCCCAACAUGUUUGUCAUCAACCCUGUGACUGGAGGGAUUCGGGUUAACGCACCUGGGUUGGACAGAGAGAAAAUUCCCAAAUAUACUUUGGCAAUCCAAGCUGCCGAUAUGGAGGGAAAUGGCCUUACCGGCUUUGGCAAAGCCAUCAUUACAGUAACUGACAGCAAUGACAACGCGCCACAGUUUGUGACGCCUUCGUACACUGUGUCAGUCCCAGAGAAUAAAGUGGAUGCCUUGGUGGUGAAAAUGCCAGUGACUGAUGGAGAUGAGCCUCACUCCUCUGCCUGGGCCACCACCUACAAGAUAGUUGACGGGGACCCUCAAGGCCUUUUCAGUGUGAGCACAGGCCCUAGCAAGCUGGAGGGCAUCAUUACAACCGCUAAGCCGCUUGACUUUGAGAAGAACAACAAGUACACUCUGCUGGUCACUGUGCAGAAUGAAGUCCCAUUCGCAGUCAGCCUGCCCACCUCCACUGCUACUGUUGUAGUGAAUGUGGAGGAUGUGAAUGAAGCUCCAGUCUUCACCCCAGUGGAGAAGAUUAUCAGGAAACCUGAGGACAUCCCUGUUGACAGUGACCUGGUUCUGUACACCGCCACAGACCCAGACACUGCAAGGAAUCAGAAAGUCACAUACAAGAUACGCAAUGAUCCUGCUGGAUGGCUAAGUAUCAACAAAGACACUGGGCUGAUCAAAGUCAAGAGCCUCAUGGACAGAGAAUCCACUUUUGUCCAAGACAACAAAUACUCUGUUAUUGUUCUGGGCAUCGACAACGAUGAAAUCCCGGCAACUGGCACUGGCACCCUUAUCAUAGAGCUGGAGGAUGUGAAUGAUAAUGCUCCAACCAUCGACGAGAGUGUGAUCAGGGUCUGCAACAAGGAGUCCUCCCCACAGCUGCUGUCAGUCACUGAUAAAGACAGCGCGGGCUUUGCUGCUCCAUACACCGUACAGCUUCAGGGGUCGUCCCAUUCUAACUGGACUGCCAGAAUGAACGACACAAAGACGGGCAUUAUCCUGACACUGAAGACUGUGUUGGACAGUGGCGAUUACAUGGUUGUCCUGAGAGUGUCUGACAACCAGGGCCUGCACCAUGAUAGCACCAUCCAGGCCUCUGUGUGUGACUGCAAAGGAGUAGAUGUCCAGUGUACCGAUAAAGCUGUAGCAGGCUUCGGCAUCUCUAGCAUUCUGGGAAUUCUAGGAGCAGUCUUACUACUCCUAUUGUUGUCUCUUCUGCUGCUCAUGUUCCUGCGGAAGAGAGGUGGUGAGAAGAAGGAGCCUCUGCUGCAAGAGGAUGAUGUCAGGGACAACAUCUACUACUAUGACGAGGAGGGAGGUGGCGAGGAUGACCAGGAUUUCGACUUGAGUGUCCUGCACAGAGGUCUGGAUAACCGUCCUGAUGUUUUCCGUAAUGACAUCGCUCCAACCAUGGCCCGGCCAGAGUAUCGUCCACGACCCGCCAACCCAGCCGACAUUGGCAACUUCAUUGAUGAUAACCUGAAGGCAGCUGACAACGACCCCACUGCCCCUCCCUACGACUCCCUCCUGGUGUUUGACUAUGAAGGAGGUGGCUCUGAGGCCGGCUCCCUCAGUUCCCUCAACUCCUCCAAUUCAGGAGGCGACCAGGACUACGACCUCCUUCAAGAGUGGGGCCCACGCUUCAAGAAGCUGUCUGACAUGUACGGAGGAGGAGAGGAUUGAGAAGUCAGUCAGCCACUAAACCUUUUUGCUUGGAAACUGUCCGGUUCUCCACACUUGGGUCUGUAGACUGAGGUCAUUUCUUUAUUUUCCCCCUUUUUGAUGCGUUUCGGGCACAUCUACAGUUUGGCAAUUUGAUUUGUGCAGACAUGGGACCAUUUUAGAAAAAUGUGUUCAAUGCUCGUCUUCAGCAUGGGGAGGGUGGCACACUCUUGGCUCUGCACUAGCAGGAUGUUGACAUGGAUUUUACACAGUUCAGCAGUUCUUUCUAAUGGACUCUUAACAACCCCAGAUUGUACUUGAAUUUAAUAUGCUUUGUUUGCUGUUUUUUGCUUCUAUGUUGGCGUCGUAUCGAAGUUCUUUUUUAAAAAAUGGAUAUAUAUAUAAAGAUCCUUUGGCAUGAAAUUGAAGUUACUGGAAGCCAAAUGAGCCUUACGAUUUUUGUUAGCAUUUAUUGAGCUUGAUAAUAAACUUAAGUUUGGAUUGCUUUAUUCCUUUUCAUUUUAAUCAUAUUAAUCACUAAGUAUAUAUUUUUUUUUCCUGAAGAAGCUCCGUUCUGCUUUUUUAAAUUAAAGAUAUCCUUUGGUACAAUAUUUGUAUUAAAUACAUUGUAUUUUGUCUUAUUUUGAAUUAAAUGAUUCAAAUUCACAGCUGAGACACUAGAUGGCGAUGAUUGAAUAAAACAGGUCUUGGUCAAUGAAUGAUGGCAUUUCCUUGUCCCGCAGAACAGAUUGUACAAGUUAUAGUUAAGUAAUAAGGCCGGAGGGGGUGUGGUGUAUAUGGUCAACAUAUCUCGGCUAAGGGCUGUUCUUAUCCACGAUGCAGCACGGGGUGCCUGGACAGAGCCUUUAGCCGUGGUUUAUUGGCCAUAUACCACAAAACCCUGAGGUGCCUUACUGGUUACAAAUGUAAUUAGAGCAAUAAAAAUGUGUAUUUUGUCAUAUCAGUCCGUAUACCAUGGGUAUCAGCCAAUCCGCAGGGCUCGAGCCAUUUAUAGGCUACCUUAGACAUUUAGACUCAUGUGUGUGAUUUAAGGCACAAUGUGCAAUUUUAAACAUUUGUUUUGUCUUAGCCUUCAGAGUAGGAGGUUAAGGUCAUUGUAUUUGUAUUUUCCUGCCAUCUGUUCAAGCAAGUGAAUUCUUGCCCACAUCAUAAAUAAAAAGUUACGGUUGCUUUUA